CUUCUAGCGAUUCGCUCCCCCCUCCCACACCUGCCCUGACAGUUACUAACUGUAGGGCUUGCUUGCGCCGUCGCUUCCUUCGACCCCUCUCUCCCUUACAGGGGAAAGAAGGACGACACGGCGCCUACGUUUACAGCCAAGAAGACGGAGCGUGCCGGGGCCUGCGUGAGAUUGGAGCGGAAGAAACGUUGUCUCCUAGGAUACCGACCGCCCGGUGAGCCAUGUUUUGGAAGUUUGACCUGCACACCAGUUCACAUGUGGACACCCUGCUGGAGCGGGAGAACGUUACCCUGUUCGAGCUGCUGGAAGAGGAGGACGUUCUGCAGGAGUGUAAAGUGAUGAACCGCAAGCUCGUGGAGUUCUUGGUGCAGCCUCAGCACAUGGAAGAGCUGGUCACCUGCAUCACGGAGGAGCCGUCGGACGACGUGGACGAAAAGCUGAGAUACAAAUACCCCAGCGUGUCCUGUGAAAUCCUGACAGCGGAUGUAUCGCAAAUUAACGACGCCUUAGGGGAGGACGAGUCUUUACUGAAGAGGCUCUACGGCUUUCUGCAGAACAACGAAAACCUGAAUCCUUUGUUGGCGAGUUUUUUCAGCAAAGUGAUGGGCAUCCUAAUCAACAGGAAGACCGAACAGAUCAUAGCCUUUCUACGAAAGAAAGAUGACUUUGUGAGUUUAUUGCUGCAACACAUCGGGACGUCUGCCAUCAUGGAUCUCUUACUGCGGCUUUUGACGUGCGUGGAGCAGCCCCAGCUCAGGCAGGACGUGUUUAAUUGGCUUAACGAAGAGAAAAUAGUACAAAGACUCAUUGAGAUGAUUCACCCUUCCAAGGAUGACAAUCAACAUUCCAACGCUUCCCAGUCGCUAUGCGACAUCAUUCGCCUGAGCCGCGAGCAGAUGAUACAGAUUCAGGAUAGCCCCGAGCCGGAUCAGCUACUGGUCACUCUAGAGAAGCAGGAAACCAUCGAGCAGCUCCUAAGCAACAUGUUUGAAGGAGAACAUAAUGAAUCUGUCAUUGUUCACGGCAUUCAAGUGCUUUUGACGCUGCUGGAGCCUCGCAGACCAAGGUCUGAGCUAGGAGGUUUGGGUGGCUUCUAUUGCAACCUUGAAGGCCAAUUGGAAAUCAACCCUCCAGACUCUUCCAACACCCAAGCCAGUGUAGGCACAUUGCUUGCCAUCAAGCAGCGCUUGAGAGAGUUUCAGCAACUCCUGGUUGAUCCACCAAGGAAAGAGCGCUUGCAGACCACCUGGGGUCUGCUGGACCCCCCUUUGGGCAAUACCCGUCUCCAUGUGGUGAAACUGCUUACUAGCGUAAUCAACGCAAACAACAGGGCUUUAAACGAAGAGCUGAUUGAUCUGGACACCCUCAACAUCAUACUGGAUCUCUAUUUCAAAUACAUGUACAACAAUUUCCUGCACGCCCAAGUAGAAGUUUGCGUCGCCGCAAUUUUAAGUUCGACUCCUAUUGAAGAAACCAAUGAGAUCGAUCUGCUGGAGAACCCGCUUGUGAAAUAUCUUUUACAGAAAUGCCAGCUAGUUCAGCGAAUACUCUCAGCGUGGGAAGAAAAUGAGAAGGAACAGUCAGAAGGUGGAAGGCGGAAGGGCUUCAUGGGUCACCUGACGAAAAUUGCAAAUGCGCUCGUCCACAGUUCUGAAAAGGGCCCCAAUGUCACCCUUGUUGCCCAGCUGAUUAAAGAUCUGCCGGAGGAAGAGCAGGAGCGAUGGGAUAACUUUGUUUCUGGGUCCCUCACAGACACCAACAAGAAGAAUACUGUAGACCUUGUCAACACCAGGAACAUGCACUCAUCCAGCGAUGAUGAAGAGAAUGACCUGAAGGAAUUCAACUUUCCCCAGGAAGCUGUGCUCCAGCAGGCCUUUGUGGACUACCAGAUGCAGCAGAUGACUUCUGCCUUCAUAGAUCACUUUGGCUUCAACGAUGAAGAGUUUGGGGAGCAGGAAGAGAGUGUCAACGCUCACUUUCGACAGCUGAAGAGCGCUCCCUUUGACAAAACUGCCAACAUUACGUUCUCCCUCAACGCUGAUGAAGAGAGCCCCAAUUCCAAUCUGUUUGAGAUCUGCUACAAAGAACGGAUCCAACAGUUUGAUGAUGAUGACGAUGAAGGCUCAGAUGGAGAGGACACCUGGCAAGAUAAGGAGAUGCGGUUCUCUUCGGGCACCAUGCAGAGCACUGGCACGAGGAGUUGCGGAAGUACUGACAGUGAAGACAGCCGAGAUUCUGACGAGGAAGAGGAAGAUUCUGGAGGUGGUACGAAUCCCAACGGUCCCACGCCAGAAGCAUCGGAAGCUCCCAGCUGGACUCCAGCCUUUGAUUCCGUGCCCGCAGAAUCCUCUCCGUCCCCGUCGGUUGCCCCGGUGGACACGGGUUCCUCCGUGUGGGACGGCUCCGUGGCUGCCAUUAAUCCCCAGGAUGGCUGGGCGGUUUUCGCAGACGGUUCACAGAUGAGUUCGCAGGAAAACGUACCCGAGGAAACGCAUGUGCGUCCAGAAAACCUCACAGCUCAGGAAGAUCAUAAAACUGAUGCGUCUGUAGCAGAAAUAACCUCCCAAACCUCAGCUGAUUUGCAGACCCCCCAGGAGUGUUCGGCGUCACCGCGGAGUCCUGCCGCAGAAACGGGUAUCGUGCCGGUAGCUACAAACUCUGAACACGGGGAUGGAACAGAGUGCAGGACCUGGAACGGGGAAAUCGAGGAGUCUGUAGCGCAGGCACAGCCAGCCACACAAUCUGCCGACAGGGUAGAAAAUACAGCCCCAUCUACCUCGAAGAUGGAUGAUGAAGGGGAAUCAAAACAACAAAAAUUGGAAUUGCCAAACGACACUAUAGAUACCAAUUCUAAUGAAAAACAGAAAGAAAACAGAGAAUCCAGCCCGUUGCAUAAUGCUGUACAGAGCGAGGUCCAGCGGCCCACUCUACCCGACAGAAAAACCACAGAGUCUUCUGAAAGCAUAAAUUAGGUAAUUCCUGCAUCUUCUUCUUUCGUCUGACAGCGCUGACCGUCUAUCCAAAGAUCUAUCGCGUCUCUGAAUGGAUUGCCGAACGGGAACAGGCCCGAGCCUCUUUCGCCUUGGAAAGCAAAAAAAAAACGGAGACAGCUCAUCAAAGCAACAAAAUAAAUUCUACACGAGUCUCCGUUUUGCGGACAUAAAGACAAAGUAAACAUUCUUACACCAGGUUUUUUUUUUUGUACUGAGAUUAAUGGAUGUUAAGUUAGAUUUAUAAAUAUAUAUAUGCAUACAUAAACAUUCAUGUGUAUGCACAUAUAUAUAUACUGAAACGAAUUGCAGUAAGUAAUAAAAAGAGAACUUAAAUUAUUUUUUUUUAUUUUGGAAUCAGAAAUUUUAGAUGCUACUUGGCAUAAGCACAAGACGGCACGCUAUUUUUUGGGCUUUUUUUUUGUUUUGUUUUUUUUAAUAUAUAAAUCCCUGCCUUUCUCUGACACGAGAUGUUUGUAUGCAGUCGUUGGUCAGAAGGCUUCGUGUCGGUUCCACUCGCACUUCCCUAUGAGAGAAUUCAGAAAAUAUCGGUGACAAUUUGACCCUUUUUGUUUUUUGGUUUUUUUUGUUUUUUUUCUUCUCAUUGUUCAUGAAUGCGCUCAUUGACAUUAUCACCCCCAUCUAUGUUCAGAUUUUUAUGUUCUAUAUCUAGUUUAAACUUGAAGUAGUGCGAUUUACCAAAAGCAACAUUAGCUGAAGUCUACCAGACCCGGAGAUGUUAGAUUGACCUUAAUGUUAGCAGUGCCUUAUUGUUCCAUAAUAUGUGAUAAGCUCAUUAAAAAAAAACAAAUACCUACA